AUGGUUGGAAAUACACCUCAUUCGUCAACAGCACAACCCAAACAAAUGAAAUGUUCCCUACCACAAAGGCCCUCUGUUGAAGCUGUUGAUGUACCUAAAUACCAGAAUGUUUGUAUAUAUUGUAAUCAGGUCACAAAAAACAAAACAUAUGAAAAAUCCCGAAUUUCUGAAGAGAAGAAAGCUACCGAGUUUCUUGUACAAACCCAACACUUACAGGGUGAAGUGUAUACCAGCACCUGUCACCUCACUGAUGUGAAAGGAGUGAUUGAAGCUGAUCUCUUAUACCAUAACUAUUGUUACAAACAAUACAGCCAUAAAUACCAGAAAAGUACUGAUUCAAAUUCUCUUC